AUGUUCGCAAACGGUGAUCGGGUCGGCCCUGACCUCGAGGCCACCCUCGUGUCCGACACGCCCGGCGGGGGCCCUGAGCGCUGGGAGCCGAUUCCGGAGGCGAUCGCCCUCGUUCGGCAGUUGCACGCCGCGGGCCACCGGAUCAUCAUCACCACGUCCUGCGGCAUGGACAAGAACCGUGGCGCGGACUCCGCGAUUGCAGAGAUGGGCUACAGCACGUUCUGCAUGCUGAAGAACUUUGACAUUCCGUACCACGAGGUGCACUUCGGGAAGCCGCAUGCGGACGUAUACAUCGAUUCCCGGUCUCUGAACGGCCAGGCGGAUGUGGAGCGCGACCUUGGCUGGUACACCACCCAGCAGUCACACGAGACAGACGAGUUUGGUUUGAUCGAAGGAGCGAUAGAUGCGCGCGCCUUUAACCUGGUCAGGGCCGCCGGGACGUCUCGCGUAAUCAAGUCUUCCACUGCUGACGUCUUGCGUGGAGAGAACCAUUGGUACCGUUCCAUCCCUCCUGGACUUAAAGACCUGUUUCCCGAGCCAUUCGAGAUUGUGGACGGCGACGAGACUACGAAUCAGAUGUCGUCGAUCACCAUGUCCAAAGUCCCGGGCGUUACCUUUUCGCAUCUAGCAACUUCGCGAUUGCUGAUGCAGGUGUGGGUGCGCAAGCUGGUUCGUUCCCUCCAUCGAAUACAUACCCAAUCGGCAGAGCCAGGCUCUCCUGGGGCGCUGGAGGCGCGCGCAACCCCUGAGGAGCUGUGCUCGAACUACGCCAGCAAGGUGCGAAAGCGCGCGGAGAAGCACAAAGGGCUGUACGAUUCAUUGGGCGAGGAGGUCGGCAUCGACACGGGAAAGAUGGCCGAGUGCAUCAUCAAUUUUAUGGAGGACUUCGAGGCCAACCAGAAAAGCCAGUGGGCGCAGUUUAUCCAUGGGGAUCCUGUUUUCUCAAAUAUAAUCCGCACUGAAGGCGAUGGCAUCAUUCUUAUUGACAUGAGAGGGGAAAUCGGGAAAAGGCUCACAACCCAAGGGGACGUCCACUACGAUCUUAGCAAGGUUUAUCAAAGUCUUUGUGGAUAUGAUUUCAUGCUGCUCGACCAGUCGUUGGAUGAGGCAUCGUCGGAGAUAUUCGACGGACUCCGAGCCGCAUACUGGGAGGAGGUCAGCGAGCUGUACCCACAGAUUUCCCACCGCAAUGUUCGCUUACACACAGCGUCACAUUUCUUUGCGAUUGUACCGCUCCAUGAGGUGAGAUCUCGAAUGAUCCGGUACCUCAGGCAAUCCCACUCCAUGCUGCUCGUGGAGGGUCUGAUGUCAUGA